GACACAUCUAACAACCUGAAGACUGUAGGCCUACGCCCCCCAACCCUAGACGCCCAUUUCCACUCCACUUGAACGAAGUAGUGAAAAUGCAGGUGAUUCUUCAGGACAUGCAAGAACAAAUGGGCAAGCUGACUGCUCUUUUGAAGGAUGAGCGUAGAUCCCAUCAGCACAGCUGCCGAGCGCUGCUGGAAGAGGCUGACAGGCGAGCAGAAAGAGUCAGGCAAAUGCAUCAGCUGGAGAUGAAUCAGCUGUUCGAGACCCACAACAAGGAAAUUAAAAAUAUGUUGGAGCUCCACUCGAAACACAUGGAAGAGGAGAGAAAUUACGCAGCUGUGCGCUAUGCCUUGCUGGAGAAAGACUAUGACUUCCUGAAGAGCUCCUUCCGAACCUACAAGGACAGCAUAGCUGACGAGAUGCGUAGCAGCUGGCUAAAAAAGGAGACCAGCUGGAGAGAGGAGCAGGAGAGGGAUCUCUUGGAGCAGAUGAUGAGUGUAAAAAAACAGCUGAAUCAAAGUGAGGCUGAAAAGGAAGAACAACAAAAGGCUUUCGAGGCUGAAAUUGCAGGACUAAAUUCUAAUUACAAAGCUGAAAUAAAGGAGCUUGAAAAGGAGCUGUCAGAAAAAGACAUAACGGUCACAUUACUGAACACAGCUCUCAAGCACACCCAAUUCAAGAUGGAUGUAAUGAGCCUUAACUCUUCAGAGAAUGGAGCUAAGAAGUAUCACAGCCGCAGGCGAUCAAUCAUUCCGCAGUUGGCCCAGUCCAAGUCAUCAGUAGAAUGACUGUGAGACCCACUGUGCACAUCAACACCGACGGGCAUCAUUUUGUGUUAAUGAGGUGCAUGGACAAAUGAUGACAUCUUCCCUUAGUCCUGUACAGGUUGAGAAAGACCAUGAACCGGUCUUCAUUGUGAAUAAAAGAUUGGUAUCAGAUAUCUCAACA